AAUAAAUCUGUUUGUAGUUUAACCAUAUAUAUAUAUAUAUUUAUAUUAUGGAUAGUUCAACUUCAAAAGGAGAAAUGAUCAUGAGGCCAGUCCUUCUCAAAGCUGGCAUUCCUUUGGCAAUAUCUCUGGCUGGUUUUAUCUGUGGAAGAUUCAUGGCUGCUAGAGGUUUGAGUCCUAAGUACUCAUUACCCGAGAAUUCCCUAGAGUCAGAUUCUCAUGAGGAUCAAUUCAGAGACAAAGAUCAAGAAAUUAUGGCCAGUGCUAACCGGUUAACGAGUUCAACUGGAAGUUCAAAAAUUCAAUAUAAUGUUGAUCAAGAAGAAAUUUUAGGACUAAGAGCUCAAAUUCAAGAACUCCGAAUGAAGGAAUCUGAAUUAGAGAUGCAGUUUACUCGCUAUCAAGAUUCGAAAGAGCAAGAAUCCAUGCUUAUGGAGAUUAGAAACAUGUUGGUGUUGGAGAGAGCUUAUGUUGAGUUCUUGGAUAGAGAUAUUUCAUCACUGGAGGCAGAGAACAGAAGGCUUGAGAAUAUGGUGAUCCAAUAUCUUCGAGUUCUCGAGCAACUUCAAAGCUUGAAAUUGCAAAAUUCUUUACUUCGGAGGAAGGUAAACAAGGUUUCGGGGAGAUGGAGAGAGCAGUUGCAGAUUGUAAGAGAAAAAGAUUUGGAGAUCAAAGCUCGAGAAGUAGAGCUUUCAAAAAAUCUCGAAGAUUUGGAAAUCAAGACUGGAUUUAUCAAGAAAUUCGAAGGUGAAGUUGAGGAGCUACAAGCUAUGGUUGGCCAACUGACGGAGGAAAAGAAUGAAGUAUUGAGCAUGUUGAACUUAGCGGAAGAAAAACAAGCUCUUUCACAUUUCAAAGACGAAGAUGAAGGAAUGACAAUCACCAUGGAGGACUACAAAAAGCUAGUGGAAGAACACAAAGCUGUUCAAAAUGAUAGAAGAGCUGAUAUUAAGGAACUUAUUUACUUACGAUGGAGCAAUGCGUGCUUAAAGCACGAACUAAUGAGGUUACGUGAAGAGCAAGAAAAAAACCAGUCGAUCAAAAACCAUCCGGACCAAGAACUAGAGGGCAACGAAGAUAUCAGAGAGUGUGGAUUGGAUGGAUUAGCGUUUGAGAAAGGCGAGCCUUGUGGAGGUAUGACGACAACAGUUAGUCAUAUUUGUUCAAAAAGACGAAAACUGAUUCAGAAGCUGAAAAAAUGGGUGGAAGGUGCCGAAAAAAUGAAAUCGAAGUUGGAUGAGAAAGAUAGGAAUGAAACCAAGUGCUUUGGGAGACAUUCUGUGUUUGAUAAAACAGAGGAGGAGAUGUUUGUGCUUGCAAGAAAGUAA